AUGUUUGUGUCGCUCGUUUGUUUCCUACUCGAAGUUGAUGAUGAUUAUCCGGUGCCUUCAUCCUUAUUUUACAAAGCACCCAAUUAUAAAAUGCCUGUAGGAAGUGAAGGAAGUAAAAGCCAUAUAAGUUUCGCUGCAGCUCUCUCCACAGGCACCAAACAUGACAAGGAAAUUCUUGAAAAAACCAGGGGUUGUCGGAAUGCCCAAGAGAUCUCCAUAGAAACUUUUUACAAUGAAGGUUCUUCUGAAAAUACACAACCCAAGUCCUUGCAAUCUGACUGUAGUGAUAACAAGCAGUCAGAAUGUGAAAAUCCUGAGGAGGUUGCUUCAAAACGUCCCCAAGUAUGUGAGACUGAUUCUACCAGACUGCCAGUAAAAUGGGUGCAAGCCGGCCCCAAUAGUGACCAGCCUCAGCCACCUGGCACAUGUCACUCUCGAGAAACCAGUGUGUCUACUAGAGAUUCACGGGAAUCUUCCUACAGUAGUGGAGAUAGCAUGUCCUAUUCAACCACUGGCCGCAGUACACGUCCAAAAAAUUGCAAUUCUUCCAACAUUCACUUCUUCUCUGGAAACCCAAUGGUUGAAGUCACUAAGGGGAUUUUACAUGUAUAUAAAGAUAACCAAAUGGUUUCUCUAAAAGAAGAAUUGCCACGGAGUGAACUGAUUUGUAUGCUAGGGGUGUCUGCAGCUUACACUAUUCAUGAUUUGCUUCGAUUCACCGCUCCAGUCGGUGCUGGAGUUGAAAGCAUGAGGAUCAUCAGGGAUUCUACACCUAAUCAAUACAUGGUUCUGAUUAAAUUCAAAACUCAGGAGAUGGCAGAUGAGUUUUAUUCAGCAUUUAAUAACACUCACUUCAACUCUAUUGAGUCUGAUGUUUGUCAUUUGGUGUAUGUAGCCAAAAUCGAGGCUAUGAAAUCAUCUGAGGGUGCUGGCUUGCCAAUUCCAGGACUCACAGAGCUGCCCAACUGCCCAGUUUGUCUGGAGAGGAUGGAUGAAUCUGUGGAAGGAAUCUUAACGAUCCUUUGCAAUCAUGCUUUCCAUGUGUCCUGCCUUGCACAGUGGGGCUAUACAAGUUGUCCUGUUUGUCGGUAUUGCCAAACUCCAGAGCAAAUUGCUGAUAAUCGAUGCUUAGAGUGUAACUCACAAGAGAGUUUAUGGAUUUGCUUAAUUUGUGGUCAUGUUGGGUGUGGACGUUACGUUGGUAGGCAUGCCUACAGACAUUUUCAGGAGACCCAGCAUACAUACGCCAUGCAAUUGGGGAACAACAAAGUAUGGGAUUAUGCCGGGGACAAUUAUGUACAUAGAUUGGUGCAAAAUAAAGCUGAUGGUAAAAUUGUUGAGGUGGAUGAACGAGGUAAUGCCAUCCAGGAUGAAAAGCUUGAUGCCCUAACUUUAGAAUAUACGUAUUUACUUACCAGUCAACUUGAAUCUCAGCGACUAUAUUUUGAAGAAAGAAUUGCUCGAGUAGAAAAGGAGACUCUGGAACAGGUUACAGCAGGUGAAACACGGCAUAAACAAAUGGUGGAUGAGCACCACCGUAUGGAAGAAACACUUGAACAAGUAACAAGACAAAAGAUUCAAACUGAAAAGAAAUGCUCACAGUAUCAUGGGCAAUUGACAAAAGUAAUGCGAGAUUUGCAAGAGGAACGUGCCAUGAAUAAAUCCUUACUAGAGAAUCAAAGUGUAUGGCAACAACAGAUUACAGAACUUGAGAAGAAAGUGAAAGAAAUGAAUGAACAGAAAGACAAAGAACUUGAGGAACUUAGAGAGCAACUGAGAGACAUGAUGUUUCACUUGGAAGCUCAACAAAAACUAGCAGAUGAUGGUCUGGCUGUAUCACAAAAAGAACUACAGGAGGGCCAAGUAAUUGUUGGAGCUGCAUCAGCUUCCUCCUCAACACCAGGAGGCUCAAACCAUUCCAGUUCCUCCAUUAAACCUCAGGCUAUUUUGUCAAUCAUCUGUGAUCUCACCAUUGACAUUCAAGAUUCCCCCAUAUUAAAUGGACUUAAUUAA